AUGCCGCUGCGGCGGCACCGGCAGCGGCUCCGCACGCACGGCAGCUGCUUCACGGCGGCCGAGGCCGCGGACUGGCUGCACCCCGUGCUCCGCGGGCACCGCAGCUUCGGGCCCGACGUCAGCCGGCAGCAAACGGUGCAGCUGCUGCGCAAGUUCCUCAAGAACCACGUCAUCGAGGACAUCAAGGGCAGGUGGGGAGGGGAGGAGCUGGAGGACAACGGCGCCCUCUACAGAUUUCCUCCAACAUCUCCAGUCAAACCUUUACCAAGCCCACCAAGGGAGAACUUGGAAAACUCUGGAGACAAAGGAAAACUUUUCAAACUGCCCAGUUCAUCCAAGAAGGCUUUGAAAAAACAGGAGGUCCUGCAGUCCCUGGAAAACUUAGCAAGGCCAAAAUCUGAUGUAACAGAAGAAAAGAAGGGAGACAACCUGCAAAGGAGGGAAAUAACCCAGGAAGAUGUGCAAGAAACAUGGAGAAAUAUCAUCAGGAUCCAUUUGCAAACAAUUUUGGGAGUGCCCUCGUUGGAGGAGGUUCUGCAGCCAGCCCAGAUCAUCCCUGACUUUGUCAUGUACAACAUGAGCAACACCAGCAGGCACGGCGUGGUGAUCCUGCAGGACAAAGCAGAAGACCUCCCUCACUGGGUGCUGUCAGCCAUGAAGUGCUUGGCCUACUGGCCCAGGAACAAUGACAUGAGCCAAGGCACCUACAGUGGCUUUGAGAGGGAUGUGUUCAGAACAGUUGCUGAUUAUUUUCUCAGUCUUCCUGAGCCAUUGCUUACUUUUGAAUACUAUGAUCUCUUUGUUAAUAUCUUAGUUAUGUGUGGCUACAUCCAAAUUCCUGGUCUGGGCAGUGGAAAACGUUCUGUCCAAGAGGAGAAAUGUGACCCUCAGCCUUCAAAAACUCUUCACUUGAACUCUUUCAAGUCCACUGAGUGUCUUCUCCUAAGCCUGCUCCUCAAAGAGCCUGAUGAGAAGGAGGAAGGAGAAGCUUCCAGGUUUUCCUCAGAAGAGCUGGAAGCCCAAAACCAACAUGGAAAGAAAUGGCAGCAGCACAAACUGCCACGACAGCAAGGGAGUGCUGGGAACCUGAUGGGAGGGAGCUGCCAGAAUCUUGCAGGAUUCAGGAAUGGCCAAGAGCCACCUGGAGCAGUUAGGACAAGGUGUUACUCCUUGGAAAGAAUUGGAGCUGCUGCUUCAAGUGUGUGUCAUAAAAGAGGAUGGGCCCCCCUCGGGGGAGGUGCUGUGAGCACCAUCAGGAGAAGUGCAGAACUGCUGGAGGAGCAGAGAGUGAGCUCAGGGGUGGAGCUGGGCUGGGAUAGCUCAGGUGAAACCCAGAGCCAUGGCCCCAGGAGAGUGUCUGCCCCAUCUCCCUGGGGAGAGGAGCUGUGGGCUGAUGGAGCCAAGGGAACACUGAGCCUGCUGGGCAGGAGGAGCUCCAGGAGCUGCAGUGCCAUCAACAGACCCAGAGCUGAGAUCACAGUGCAGCCCUGGGGACAAGGAAAAGGCAGCCCCUGUGUGGCCAGCAGGACUGAGGGCUGUGCCAUCAGCACCACAAAGAGGCUCUGCAGGAGCAGCACAGAAGUGUCAGAAGGCUCUGUCCCCCCCUCCCCCUGUGUGCUGCCUGGCACAAAUGUGCUGCAGCCUCACCUGGAAAGAAUUGCAGUGGAAGCCCUGCAGAUCUGCUGUUUGCUGCUGCCACCCCCACAGCGCAGGAAGCUGCAGCUGCUGCUGAGGAUGAUGGCCAGGAUCAGUGGCAAUGUGGACAUGCCACGGCUGCACCAUGCCAUGGGCACCAGGUCCUUGCUGAUCCAGACGUUCUCCCGCUGUGUCCUGCGCUCUGCAGAGGAGGAGGAUCUGGAUGAGCUCCUCUCCACACGUUUGGUUUCCUUCCUGAUGGACCAUCAGCAGGAAAUAUUCCAGGUCCCAACCUACCUGCAGGUUGCUGUGAGGGAUCACCUGGAGUACAUGAAGAUGGCUCAGUGCAAACAGGAAAAAGAAGAAAUUUGUGCCAUCUUGCCAACAUAUUCCUACUGCAAGCAAAUCACUCCUCAGGAGUUUGAAGAACAAAAGGUCUCCACCUCCCAGGCUGCAGUGGCAGAGCUCCUGGAGAACAUCAUCAAGGAUAAAAACCUCUCUGUCAAGGACAAAAAGAAAAAGUUAAAACAGUUUCAGAAGGAAUAUCCCCACAUCUAUGGGAGCAGAUUCCCCACAACAGAGUCAGAAGCAGUGCUCCUGGAGAACAAACCCACCAUCAAACAGCCCAUGCUGAGCCUCAGGAAACCCAAAUUUCGCAGCCUCAGGUAUUGAUUCCAACACACCUGAGCCAUUUCUCCCUGCUGGAAGUCUGAGGGAUUCACCAAAGGAUUUGCUGCAGGAUUUUGGUGGUGGCUGUGCUGUACAAGGAGGAAAUGUUUACAUGGACACUGUGCUGGAAGGUGCCAAAAUACCUUUUUUUUUUUUUUUUUUUUUUCCCCCCAGAUAUUUUAGAAUAACUUCUAAAAGAAAAAUAUUUAUCUGUUUACAAAUUAUUCCAAUAUAUCAGAGUAGGAAAAUGUGAAAGUACAUAUAAAGCUGUUGUCAACCAAAAAUUUAUAUAUGUUUUUUUUAAUGGGAAACUAAUGACCUGCCUCUUGUUAUAACCUUUAAAUGUCUGGUGAGGAAUUUGUGCCAUUUAUUGUAGUUUUUACAUGUGUAUGUGUUGUGACUUUUAAGUGCCUUUUCUAUUCUCAAAAUGUUUGUUUUUAAACAAAGGAGCUUCUAUGAGGACCAGGAGAGCCAACUGACCAUAAAUAAAUGAUUAUCUCACUAUAAA